ACUCUUCUCUCGAGACUAUUUCUACUUUUUGAACAUUUUCUGACCAGGUCAGCUGACGGUUUCUUUUUUUUUUACUCUCUACGGUUUUACAAUAUUUCUAGAUCACGAAUCUACAUUUUGUGGAGACUUUUCUCAGUUUGGGAUUUUCUUCUCCUCUCCCGGGGGAAUCUCUGCAGAUGACGAUGGAUCUGUCCGACCUUCCCUUCCCUCUCUCCCCGACCAAUGACCUUUACGACGACCCCUGCUUCAGCACCAGUGACCUGAACUUUUUCGAUGACCUGGACGCCCGGCUCUUGCACGCCGGCCUAGUGAAGCCAGGGGACCACCAUCAACACCACCACGUGCCCAAGGAUGAGCAUGUGAGGGCCCCGGGGGGCCCACAUCAGGCGGGACACUGCCUGCUGUGGGCCUGCAAGGCCUGCAAGACGAAGACGACGCACGAAGACAGAAGAAAAGCAGCAACCGUGAGAGAAAGACGUCGGCUCGGCAAAGUGAACAACGCCUUUGAGACCCUGAAGCGCUGCACGGCCUCCAAUCCCAACCAGCGGCUGCCCAAAGUAGAGAUCCUGCGCAACGCCAUCAGCUACAUCGAGUCCCUGCAGACGCUGCUGAGGACGGGCCGGGACGACAGCUUCUACCCGCCACUGGAGCACUACAGCGGCGACUCGGACGCCUCCAGCCCCCGCUCCAACUGCUCCGAUGGCACGGUGGAUUUCAUGUCUCCGUGUUCAACCAGAAGUGAAAACAGUGACGGGUCCUACUGCAGCCAGACAGACGAUUCCAGCGGCUCUAAACCGUCCUACAUUUCCAGUUUGGACUGUUUGUCCAGCAUCGUAGAACGGAUCAGCACAGACCCAGCUGUGGCCCCCCCGGGAGACAGCGUGGUCCCCCGGGGUCCUGGAUCACCUGUGAACAGCCCUGUUGUGUCCAGGCCCUCUGUAGAACCCAGCAGCAUGUAUGAGCCGCUCUAAAGCCGACGGAGCCGAGGACUCAAAUUCCACAGAGACACAAACUUAUUCCCCCUAUUCUCAAAACUCUGCAGUUGGAUCAGAGAUAUUUUUUUUAUACCAACGCUCUGAAGUCUCUUUUUGUUUGGGUGAAAACGUCUCAGUUCACUUUCUUCAGACUGGAGCUUCAGUUUUCAGUCCGCAUGAACUGAAGGUGAUCUCAGCAGCAGAAAUGUAUUUAUAUACACACACACACACACACACACACACAUAUAUAUAUAUGUGUGUGUCUGUAAAAAUCUAUAUAUAGCUUUCAUUGAUUUCUGCCUCUGAGGUAAUGACCAAGGACCAUGUUGUACAACUGUAUAUAAGAGUUACUUAUUACUUGUUCUUAGUACACACACACACACACAAAGGAUGCUGGGAUUGUUGUGUCAUAUGUUUCUACAUAUUAUUUAUGAGUGUAUAAAAUUCUAAUAAAGCAAUAUUUAUAUUCUGA